AUGAAAAUGAUAGAGCCUACCAAUUCACUUGGAGAUGUGAAUGUGACUGAAACAACCGACACUCGAAAGUUGGCUGAAGGGAUAGAAAAUGCUGCAGUCGUCUGUUGUUUCAUGACCCCUGAUUAUCAGAUAUCUGAGAUUUGUAAAAUCGAAUUGCAGUAUGCACAGAAACGACACCAACGAAUCAUCCCAUGUAUGCUCACUGAUAUAAAACUUUGGAAGCCUUCUGAUUGGUUAGAAUGGAUAACCAGAGAACUCGUGUAUAUAGACUUUCACGACGUUUCUCAGUCAAACAUUCAUUCGAAAGUGAGAGAACUUAUUGAUCGAAUAAAAGAACAUCCUCCGGCGUCACAAUACCUACGAUCUCCAGCGGUCGACGAACGAAGUUAUUUACUUGAACUGAUUAAAUAUGAAUAUAAACGAAAUAGCCGCAUUGAAUAUAUUAUGAAUUCGGCCAAAUCUUUUUCAAUUGAGCAAAGCUACAUCAAUUUAGCUAUCGUAGGAACCACAGAACUAAACGUAAAAGAAAAGAAGCUUCGUGGCACUCAUCACAUUGAUGUAAUUAUGGGUACCUUUGAAGAGAUUUACGGCACGAAGACUCCUGUAGAUGUCAAGGACAUUUUUGAAAAAUGCAAAGAUCCGACAAAGAAGGUGUUCGUGCUUGGACGAGCUGGAAUCGGAAAAUCAACAUUUUGUCGAUACGUUACUUACCGAUGGGCAAAGAGCGAAAUUUGGUCCGAAUAUGAGCUUGUUGUUUUGAUCCCGUUGCGCAUUUUGACAAAAGAUCGCUAUCCUCCAUUGCCACUUGGCACCGAAUAUUCUCCAAUCGACCUCGUGAAAAGAGAAUAUUUUUCUUAUCAUGCUCUAACAGAGAAAGAAGAAAGAUUUUUCAGAGAGAAGCUUGAUAAAACCCGAGUCCUAUGGCUUUUGGAUGGCUAUGAUGAAAUCGUGCAACAUAUACCAGCACAUCUGGAAUAUUUACUGGAGCAGUUACUUAAAACUACACACCAUAUCUUGACAUCUCGUCCAUUCUGCAAUACCUUAUUCUACCCUGUGCACAUGGAAAUUACAGGCUUUACAGAUGAAAAUAUUCCCAAGUACGUGAAACAAUUCUUCAGUCAGAUUGGAAGUACAUUACACGGUUCACAGACUGAAUAUCACAACCUACUAAGCUUCUUACAACUGAACCCUAGCAUUUGGGGUAUUGCACACAUUCCGGUAAAUCUAGAGCUGAUUUGUAGUCUCUGGAGUAACCAGGAUUGGUCAGAAACAAAAACGUGGACAAUAACGGCACUUUACGAUAAAAUGAUCGAAUGGCUAUGCCGACGAUAUUUGAUAAAACAAAAAGAAAUUCCAAUAGAAAAAGUUAAAUUGAUGCGUAAAAGACAAGUUUAUGAAAACUGCAAAAACGAACUGGCAUUCCUAGAAAGGGUGGCAUUCAAAGGCAUGGAAAGCAAUGCUAUAAUACUACGCCCAGCACUACUCGACGAAGCAGAAAAUGAGACCAAUGUCUUAUUAGAGGAUUACCCACACUUACUAAACAUUGGCAUUCUGAAAUCGAUUGGUCAUGGUCCAAUUGGCCAUCAAAUUGAAAUAGACAAAUGCCAUUACUUUAUUCAUCUCAGUUUUCAAGAACAUUUUGCAGCACGACACUUGGUCAAUACUCUCACAAAUGAUAAACAUGAGAGUGCAAUUGACUUUAUCAAGAAGCAAAAGUACAAUCAACGAUUUACUUUAGUGUUUAAAUUUGCAUCCGGACUUCUUACGAAGUGUAAAUGUCCACCACCCAUCAAUACAUUCUGGGAUACUAUAUUAUGUGAGCCCCGCGAUCUAGAUGACGAUGCCCAUAUCAGAAAUGGUGCAUGUAAAGCUCUCGGGAAGAUGUGUGAAAAAGCAGCGACUAGUGAAGUGAUCAACCGACUCGUGGUUGCACUUGGAGAUGAGGACUCGAAUGUCAGAAGUAGUGCAUGUGAAGCUCUCGGGAAGAUGGGUGAUAAAACAGCGACUAGUGAGGUUCUCAAACGACUCGUGAUUGCGCUUGGGGAUGAGAACUUGAGUGUCAGAAGGAGUG